AUGGAUCCAGAUUUGUUGAAACUAACAGUCCACUUAUCUCUGGAGAAACCUUUCUGUUGUUGUGAGCUCAUAAAAUCCUGGCAGAAGUCAGUCGCAGUCCAAAGGUUUAUCUUUCCUAAUUCAGCCUUACUGUUUGCUGUGAGUCAGCUUGUGUGCAGAUCCACAUGGACAUUUAUUUCAGUGUGAUGGGAUUUCUGUAACACAGUAAAAAUGGUCAAAGAGUUGGGUCUGGCUCUGCUCCUGGUGCUGCUUCUCUGCCACAGAGUCAGCAACAACUGGCAGAACAUCUGUCCAUACCGAUGUCAGUGUUUCACCCAGGUUCAGGUGCUGUGUACUGAAGAACGGAUGUCACAUGUGCCUGGAAACAUCUCUAAAGGCGUCAAGGAAGUUAUUAUCAUGACGUCUUCUGUGAGCUACCUGUUUGCCCACACACUACAUGACAGCCCACAGCUUACCAAGCUCAUUUUCCUCAACAAUGCUCUGCGCAGUGUCCACGCCAGGGCGUUCGAGCAUAUGACCGAGCUGCAGGAACUGGAGAUCAGUGGGAACCCAUGGCUGGACAAUUUGUUCAUAGGAACUUUUUCAAAGCAGGAGAAUUUGAUGAAGCUUCUGCUCAACUACAACAAGUUCCAGACGAUUCUUCUCGGUAUGUUUGAUUCCCUGACACAGCUCGAAACACUGCAGCUGAAGAACAACUUCAUAUCAGAUCUGCCCUCCUUUCUUUUCCAGAACCUCAGCAGGCUGCGUGUUCUGGACUUGUCCCAAAAUAAACUUGAGGCGCUGACAAGAGAGACUUUUUCUGGUCUGGCGAAGUUAGAGAUUCUGAAAAUGAACAACAACCUCAUCAGCAAUCUCACAUCCGACACCUUUCAUAACAUUUCUCAUCUCGUUGAGCUUCACUUGGAGGGAAACAUGUUAGAAGGACUGAACGACAGCGUUUUCUCCGCCUUAACAAAUUUAAGUGUGCUGAAUCUUCGAGGAAAUCUUCUGACAUCCUUCAGCGAUGAAGUCUUUGGAUUUGAGCCAUCCAAUUUAAAGGAGCUGAACUUGAAAAGCAACCGACUGGCUGAGCUAUCGCCUCUGAGCAGUCUAGCCUCACUGACUGACCUUAUCUUAUCAGCUAACCAGCUUUCCAACCUCACGGGAAACCUUUUCAGGAAUGUGAGCGCCCUGGAGAACCUGGACCUGUCUGAAAACCAGCUCACCUCUCUCCCUGAAGUUAUCUUUAAAGGUCUUGUAAACAUCAAGGAAAUUCACCUCCACAGUAACAACCUGACAAAGGUGGAGGCCAAGCUGUUUGAGGACCAGUGGUUUCUUCAGAGGCUCUACUUGUCUGACAACCAGCUGGAAAUGCUCCCUGAGGGUAGUUUGGACUCGUUUAUCUUCCAUCCCACUGUGAGGCUGCAUGGGAACCCGUGGGCAUGCGACUGCCGCUUGUGGUACCUGCAUGACUGGGUGCUGCAGAACAGUCUGGGUGUGGAGAUGCUGGACAGGCUGCUGUGUGCAAGCCCGAGCUUUUUGAGACAACGGACUCUUGUUUCCGUUGACAAAGAUCAGCUGGUAUGUCACCUGUCUGAGAACAAGAUGUCUGAUUUCAAGUCCUGUAUCCUUCAAAAAUACAACAACACAUUUAAUAUCAAGUGUAAAGUGGAGAAAUGCUCUUCAGUGACAGUGAGGGUUCAGUUUCAGGAGGAGAACGGACACAUGACGGAGCACGUUUUGAAAAAUGAGGAUGAAGAUUCUCAGUGUAGCAAUGAAACCGCGAUAGAGAACGCAAACAAUUAG